AUGGCAUCAUUUUCUGAGAUCAAGGAAAAUCCGCAGGCAGAUGGACAAAGAGGGGCGAAUGGUCAUAUUGGAGAGCAUGCUAUUGCAAAGGACUGGAAAGGAAUUCGAGCCCUCGGACCUGGGGCACCGUCUCCAGAGUAUUUUCCUUUUAAUGAAAUGAAUUUGGAUGUACCUAAAUUUAGGCCACAUGAAGCAUACGACCAAAAAGUGCUAAUUGGCACAACAACGCUUCACAUUGGAAAGUAUGACAAGCGCGAGAAUUUAAGCACUUAUGAUCUUGCAACUGCAUUGCAAUAUGGACAAGGGACUGGCUCCGCUCAGCUCCUGCAGUUUAUCAAUGAGCAUCUUCUCCACGACCCACCAUAUCAACAUUGGAAGUGCAUACUGACUGCUGGAAAUACCUCUGCUUUGGAUAUUGCCUUGCGCAUGUUUGGAAAAGCCGGGGAUUAUAUCCUCACAGAAGAGUACACAUUUGUUGCAUUCUUGGAAACUGCUAUUCCACUAGGGUAUCGAUUUUGUGGUAUAAGAAUGGACCAACACGGCAUUCUUCCCGAAGAUCUCGACUAUGUCCUGUCUAACUGGGAUGAGACCGUUAGAAUGGCAAAGAAGCCUGCUCUGCUAUACACCAUUCCUACCGGUCAGAACCCCUCGGGGGCCACAGCCCCUAUUCAAAGACGUCGAGAGAUCUACAGGGUAGCUCAGCAUCACAACCUCUAUAUCCUUGAGGAUGACCCUUAUUACUACAUCCAGUUUCCUCCAUAUGUAGAUGGUGAGGACAUCAAGCCAGUUCCCGACCCAAAAACCGUGGAAGAAUUUCAGGAGUCACUCAUUCCAACAUAUCUGAGCUUGGAUACAGACGGCCGUGUGUUCCGAAUGGAUUCAUUUUCCAAAAUCGUUGCCCCUGGUGUCCGCAUGGGGUGGGUUGUCGCCUCGGACCAGGUUGUGGAAAGAAUGACAAGGGCUCAUGAGGUCUCUAUCCAGAGUCCGAGUGGCUUCUCGCAGAUUGCAGUAUUCAAGCUACUCCACGAUAAUUGGGGACAACUAGGUUUGGCAAAAUGGCUGACGUAUCUUCAACAUGAAUACACCAAGCGUCGCAAUGUCAUGUACCGAGCUUGCGCAAAGUACUUGCCCGAUGACUUGGUCGGAUGGGAGCCGCCCAGAGCUGGGUUUUUUGGUUGGGUUUCUAUCAAUUGGAGGAAACACCCUGAUGCAAUUCACCUAUCGGCAAAAGAAAUCGAAAAGCAGAUAUGGGAUGCCGCAGUCGAGAACAAGACAUUGAUAACGCCGGGAAGCUGGUUUCUACCAGAUCAAGGCAAGCAUGGUAUGAGUGAAGUCUUCUUUCGAAUGACUUUCGCCGCCUGCUCGCCGGAGACAAUGACCGAAGGCAUCAGAAAUCUAGGUGUUGCGAUUAGGAAGGUCUUUGGCAAAGAAUGA